CAACUCCCGCCCCUUUCUGCCCAGUUCUCUGCCCUAGUGGCUCUCCCCAGCCCUGCAUCACAUCCAGACUGCUGGCCUCCGGUCCCCAGUCCCCGGUCCCCGAGGAGAACAGGAGCGUGUCUGCAGGCAUGGGAACCUCAGACGGUGGGGAGGCGGGGUCUGGGGCUCCCCAGCCCAACCGCAUCGAGGUGCACGUCCACCAGGAGUCAGGUCUGGCCAAGCUCCUGCUGAGCGGGUGCUCCCUGCUGCAGCCCCUGGUCCUGCAGCCCCCCACUGCGUCCCAGACCCUGGGCAGCAGCCGGCUGCUGGUGGCCUCCUGGGUGGUGCAGAUCGUGCUGGGGGUGUUGAGUGGGGUCCUGGGAGGCUUCCUCUACAUCUCCGGCUCCACCACCCUGCGGGAAUCGGGAGCUCCCAUCUGGACCGGGGCUGUGGCUGUGCUGGCUGGAGUUGUCGCCUUCGUGUAUGAGAAACGCGGUGGCAUCUACUGGGCCCUGCUAAGGACCGCGCUCACGCUGACAGCUUUCUCAACGGCCACUGCCGCCAUCGUCAUUGCAGCUGCAAAUUUCAACCAGUACCACUAUUCUUUUUAUGACGAUAUCUGUGAUGUCUCUCCGUCCUGGGGUCCCACCUGGCCCCCUGGCACCCCAAAUCCAGAUGUUAGCAGACAACAGCUAUGCAUCUUGUACCUGGACAAGCUGAAGGCCAUGUUCACAGGCCUUCAAGUCAUACUAUUAGGUGUCUGGGUUCUGCUGCUCCUGGCGUCUCUGGUCCCCCUGUGUCUGUGCUGCUGGAGGAGGUACCAACAGAAGGAGAAAGGAGACCUUCUCCUGGAAGAUACUGCCGGGGGUGGUGAAAUCUAGCCCCACCCCUCCGGAGGACUCAGACCUGGAGCUCCACCUGGAUGGGUCCCACCUCUGCCUCCUGGGAGAAAACUCGGGGCAGAGGGAGGGCCCCCCCCCCAGCCCCACCUACCCUUCCCCUACAGCCUGGCCACCGCCCCAUUCCACCAGCCGUCUGAGCUGCUCUUGCCCGUUUCCUGCUCAGCUUCACCGUCCUGCCUGCUUCGUGUCUCCUCCUGAGCAAUGUUAAUAAAUUCUCCUGACGCUGCUCCCA